AUGGUCGUGCGACCAGCUCGAUGGACGGACGACUAUCUCGAUCAAGAGCACUUGUUGGCCCUCAGAGAGUAUCGAUAUUCUGCUGUCGAUCUCUCGCCCGUCAGUCGGUAUAUCCUCAGACCGUGGUGGGAAUGGGUAGCUGCUAGGAUGCCGAUAUGGCUCGCGCCGAAUGCAAUUACACUCAUUGGCUUCAUGGCGAUCGUCUUCAACGUCAUCUGUGUCAUCGUCUUCCUGCCGGAUCUCGAAGGUCCUGCGCCUGCUAUACUAUACUUCAGGCUCAUGGACCUGACAGAUGUCGAUGGCAAGCAAGCACGCAAGACGGGCACCUCUUCGCCCUUAGGCGAACUCUUCGAUCAUGGCAUAGACAGUCUCAAUUGCGCAUUAGGCGGCCUCGUGCAGGCUGCCGCGGUCGGUAUGGGCCAUACGCCUCUCGCGGCAGGCAUGGUCGUGCUAGCAUGCUGGCCAAUGUAUCUCAGCGCUUGGGAAGAAUAUCAUACUGGCACACUGUAUCUCGGCGUCAUCAAUGGACCUACAGAGGGAUUGCUCCUCGCCAUGGGAGUCAUGCUGAUCUCGGCUUUCCAAGGCCCUUGGUUCUGGCAGACGACUGCUGACGAGGCGCUACCGGGCUUCCUCUCGUCAAUGGUCGGGGCUGACACGCGGCUCGAAGAAGUGUUCAUGAUCCUCGUCUUGUUAGCGCUCUUCGUCGGACACGCUCCAGCAUGUCUGUACAACGUCUACCAAGUCAGAAAUAAGCACAAUCUGCCCUACUUCGACGCAGUGUACCAAAUCAUGCCGAUGCUGGUCUUUACCACGUCGAGCUUGCUCUGGAUUAUCUCGCCUUACUCGAGUCUGCUCGUCGACGAAUAUAUGGUGGAAUUUGCUCUACUACUUUGUCCAAUCUUCGGGCAAAUCUCAACAAAGAUCAUCCUUGCGCAUCUCACCAAGGGCGAAUUUCCAAUGAUUACGCCUGCGGUCUGGCCACUCGUUGCAGGCUGCAUACUCGUCAACCUCCCCAUAUUGGGCCUCCCGGAAUUAUUCACGCCUAUUCUUGAGCAGAGCUUCCUUCACAUUGGCCUCGCAGUAUCAGCAUUGACGUACACACGAUCCUCGCUAGAAAUCGUGGACCGCUUCUGCAGCUUCUUAGAGAUCAGUUGCCUCUCGAUACCCUAUCCCGGCAAACCUCCUGCGCAGCAUAGAAGAGUCGCAACGAUGGAUCGUACCAUUCACGUCCAUGCGACCUAG